CAUCACCAUGGCGAGUUGCUCCUUCACUCGCGACCAAGCGACAAGGAGACUGAGAGCUGCAGCAGCUACAGUAGCGGCGGCGUGGGCAACAGUGACGACCACCCCGCUUCUCUCCCCAGGAUCCUCGACCGCACUCAUUGGGACCACGUCGUCUUGUCCGGGAGCCAUGUGGCUCUCAACGGCCACUGGCUCCCGGUCGGACUCUGAGUCCGAAGAGGAGGACCUCCCCGUGGGGAAGGAAGUGUGCAAACGCGGUUACCUGAGGAAACAGAAGCAUGGGCACCGGCGUUACUUCGUGCUCAAACUCGAGACAGCAGACGCCCCAGCUCGGCUAGAAUACUACGAAAAUGCCAGGAAGUUCCGGCACAGUGUCCGCGCCGCGGCGGCUGCAACAGCCGCCGCCGCCUCGGGCGCCGCGGUCCCCGCGCUCAUCCCACCACGGCGCGUGAUCACCCUCUACCAGUGCUUCUCCGUGAGCCAGCGAGCCGAUGCCAGGUACCGACACCUCAUUGCCCUUUUCACCCAAGACGAGUACUUCGCUAUGGUGGCCGAGAACGAGUCGGAGCAAGAAAGCUGGUACUUGCUGCUCAGCCGCCUCAUCCUCGAGAGCAAGCGCCGCCGCUGCGGCACGCUGGGCGCGCAGCCUGACGGAGAGCUGGCGGCUCCGGCGGCGGUAGCGGCGGUGGAGCCACCCUUCUACAAAGAUGUGUGGCAGGUAGUAGUGAAACCCAGGGGGCUGGGGCACAGAAAAGAGCUGAGCGGCGUGUUCCGGCUGUGUCUUACCGACGAAGAGGUCGUGUUUGUGAGGCUCAAUACCGAAGUGGCCAGCGUGGUGGUCCAGCUCCUGAGCAUCCGUCGCUGCGGGCACUCGGAGCAGUAUUUCUUCUUGGAAGUCGGCAGAUCCACAGUCAUAGGUCCAGGCGAGCUUUGGAUGCAGGUUGAUGACUGUGUGGUGGCCCAAAACAUGCAUGAGCUGUUUUUGGAGAAGAUGAGAGCCUUGUGUGCAGACGAAUAUAGAGCCCGCUGCCGGAGCUACAGCGUCAGUAUUGGCGCCCACCUGUUAACCCUGCUGUCCGCUAGGAGGCACCUGGGCAUGCUGCCGCUGGAGCCCGGCGGCUGGCUCCGAAGGUCCCGUUUUGAGCAGUUUUGCCACCUCAGGGCCAUUGGUGAUGGGGAAGACCAGAUGCUCUUUGCCAGGCGAUACAUAACACCCAGCCAGCCUGUGCCUCCCUCCAGACGAGGAAGGGUGCACCUGCCGAGAACGCGCAGAACCCGAAGAGCGAUUUCAGUGCCAGCCAGCUUUUUCCGCCGCUUACCACAUAGUCCGGUACGUGCCGCGCACCCUGAAGCAGUCCGCAAAGACAGAGCUUGUGACACCUCAGACUCUGGCUCUGAAAACCCUGGAGGAAAAGGCAAUCCUCGAGGCAAAGAGGAACAGGAAGGAAACGGAGGCGAAGGUGACUACAUGCCUAUGAACAACUGGGGCUCAGGAAAUGGCCGGGGCUCCGGCGGUGGCCAGGGAGCCAGUGGUCAAGGUUCCAGUAGUCAGAGCUCAGGAGGAAACCAGUGCUCAGGCGGGAGACAGGGAUCAGGAGGUGGCCAGGACUCAGGAGGUCAAGGCUCAGGAGGCCAGGGUGCAGGAGGAAACCAGUGCUCUGGAGCUGGCCAGGGCACCGCAGGUGGUCAUGGCUCAGGCGGUGGCCAGAGGCCUGGAGGUGGCCAUGGCUCAGGCGGUGGCCAGGGACCUGGAGAUGGCCAUGGCUCAGGCGGUGGCAAAAAUUCUGGAGGAGGCAAGGGCUCAGGAAGUGGGAAAAAUUCCGAUGGUGGUGGUAACUGUGAAAAAUCUCUGAAGAAAAGAUCCUACUUUGCCAAAUUAACUCAAAGCAAGCAACAACAAAUGCUGCCGCCUCCACCACCGCCACCUCCACCCCCACCAGCUGGAGCAACUGGUGGAAAAGGGAAGUCUGGGGGAAGAUUCCGGCUUUAUUUUUGUGCUGACAGAGGAGCUACAAAAGAACGCAAAGAAGCCAAAGCAGCGAGAGAGAUGGUGAGCCCAGAAGGUGCAGCCCGGUGUCCUCCCAGAGCGAGAGCUUUUGAUGAAGAUGAGGAUGACCCAUAUGUUCCAAUGAGGCCAGGCGUGGCUGGCCCUCUCGCAAGCUCCAGUGAUUAUAUGCCAAUGGCUCCUCAAAAUGCUUCUGCUUCAAAAAAGCGCCACUCUCGCUCACCUUUUGAAGAUGCAAGAGGAUACAUGAUGAUGUUUCCCAGAGUGAGCCCACCACCUGACCCAAGUCCUCCCAAACCACCUGAACCAAAUAAAGAGGAUGACUCAAAGGACAAUGACAGUGACAGUGACUAUAUGUUUAUGGCUCCUGGAGCAGGUGCCAUUCCCAAAAAUCCUGGAAAUCCUCAGGGAGGUUCUUCCUCCAAAAGUUGGAGCUCCUACUUCUCUGUGCCAAAUCCUUUUCAGAGCUCACCCUUGGGUCAGAGUAACCACAGUGAGUAUGUUCCAAUGCUACCUGGACAGUACCUAGAAAAGGGCACAGGCCAUGAUUCCUCUUCUAGCAGGGGCCCUAGAGAUGCUUCCUCAGGCGGGGGCCCUAAAGAUGCCUCUUCUAGCGGGGACCCUAGCGGGGACCCUAAAGAUGCCCCUUCAAAGCCUUCAGCUGAGGGGUCAUUCUCUAAGCCUAAAGAUAGCGAAUCACCUUCAAAGGUUUCAGAUGAUGACCCCCCAAAGAAUAAUACUAUAAUAUCUAACCGGCUUUCCUUUAUUGCAAAAGGAACUAAAAUCAAGCCCAAAUCACUAAAGCCCACACAGGAGCAGAGAGAAGCUGGGUAUGUCAACAUAGACUUCUCUAAAAGAGAGAGGGGAGUGCUAGCUCCCACUGCUCAAAGGCUGCCAGAUUCGUGGGGUAUAAUUGCUGGCCCCAGACACUCAGCUUUUUUUAAUUACCUGAACGUUGAAUUCGGAGUGCCAUUUCCAAACCCAGCGAACCGCCUCUCAAAUCUUUUAAGAGCUAUACCAGGUGCCAACCCCCUCUCUCUGAAUGGUGCUAGGUGGCGACUUCCUCCUUUUCGCCUCCGUGCUAUAGGUAGCAACGCUCACAUAGAAGAGGGUGAAUACAUUGAAGUGAUUUUCAACCCAGCAAUGUCACCAGCCUUGCCUUUUGCCGACAGUGCCAUUCGCUAUGAUGCUGAAACCGGUCGAAUCUACGUGGUCGACCCAUUUUCUGAGUGCUGUAUGGACAUUUCUAUCACCCCUGGCGGAUGCUCUGAAUCGCCACCUGUAGCUAGGAUGCUACAGCAGGAAGUGCAAGAGAGAAUGCGGCCACAGAGCCCUUCGCAAAGUUUAUUCGCAGCCACCAGAGCUGCAGUCUCUGCUUCUCCCACCGACAGCCGCGAGAGAGAUGGCCCCUCCGCCCCUGAGGCUCAGGGCCCCGCGCCACCUUUAGCGGUGGGUCGGGCGUUAGCGGCGGCCUCCGCGUUAGCUGCGGCCCCGGGCAUCGGCGCUGCGGCUGCAGGCUUCGACUCCGCCUCCGCUCCUUGGUUCCAACCUGUUGCUAAUGCUCCGGGUGCCCAGGCUGGUAGAGGGGCCCCAAACGUUGCCGGUGGCUGGAAUCCUGGAGACCCAAACCCAGCUGCCAACCUGGCCGGAGGUGAGAGCGUGGUGUGGAGGGCAGCCGCUGCAGCGGUCGUUCCCCCUCCGCCACCCCGCCAGCGCCGGGCUCUGAGACCCCCGGAGAGAGCCGAUUCCGAAACCAGCGACGACGACGACGGAGACACUUACAUGAGAAUGGAUUUUGCCGGACCUGACCACAAGAAGUUCGACCCUCCAAAAAGAGAGUGAUUUAAUUACCACAAAAUAAUACAUUUUAGAAGAAAAUUGACACAGAAUUUCAUCUUCGUCUACUCAAGAUCUACCUAAAGAGAAGAAAAUUCAGAGGCUUCUGAAUAGAAUGCAACUUCACCUUCUAGCAGACUGUGGCAGCUGAAUGGUCCUGCUGCCUUAUGAAUCCACUGAUUUAGAAUUAAGAAUUUUCACAUUGUGGUGAUUUUUAGUUUUAGU